AACCGACUCUCUUUCUCUCUCUCACCCAAACCAAAAAUAAAAUUUGACAUUUCAUUCCCGCCAAACUCAAAAUCUCUGACUUCGACGGCUCUCUAUUCAGGAAAGUUGAAUCACCAUGAAUAUGGCUAGACAGCGAACCAAAAAGACAGAUAAAGCUCCCUCAAAGCGUAUUGCAGACGUCGGUCAGACUGGUGCCAAGAAAUCUGCGAAGAGAACUGGGGGGCAGAGUCACAAACCAGCAGGGCAAAGUGAAGAGUUUUUGGUUAAAAGUGAUAAUCAAUCUCCUCUUUCUAGCACAGCUGUGGAAAGACAUACGGAUUUUCCAGAUGAAAGGAGAUUUGUUUCGGAGAAAACAAAGAGGUCACCUCUACUUGAGCUUUAUCCAGGACAAUCACUUCUUCCUUCUGCAAAGAUCAAGUUGCAGCUUUUCCCAAUAGAUGAAGGCACAUGUGUGGGCCUGGAAAAGGAUGGAUAUCAUCCUUAUUUGGAACUUACUUUAAGUGUUCGGAAGAAGAUUUCUUCUGUGCUUAAGCACCUAAAUAGCAAGUGGGGUGGUUCAAGUAUUACUCAAGGGGAGCCUAUACUCUUUCCAUACAACAUACUGGAAAAACAGGCUGGUCACAGAGGAUGGACAUUGAAUGACAAUGAUAUCUGUGCAGGAGAUGUCUAUGAAUCUAUUGGAAGACCUGCAAUUUUCCGCUUAAGGUAUGGAUGGUUAUGUUCUCCCGUGCCCAAAACUUUUGGUAAGCUUUCUACGUCAAUGCCCUUUUCGCAAUCGGAGGGCACACUGAAAAGUUUCAGCACUAAUAUGGAGAGCACGUAUGGCAUAGGGAGACAAUUUGAGGAUAAAAGUGAAGAGUUUAAAGAAAACAAUGUAAUUGAAGUAGCAGCUGCAGUUGUGGCUGAGAAGAUUGUUAAUGGACCAGUUGAUCUUGUGGAUAAUGAACCGAGAAUAGAUGAUGGCCUUGGACAAUCAUCAGCCCUGUGGGUUGAUAGUCAAAGUAAUAUAAGCAUUGGAGGCCUUCUCUCUGAAGCGUCCAUACAGGGAAAAUUUAAGAAUUUUGAUCCCAUCACUGAUUGUCUACCCAAUAUUAGCAUUGGAGGACUCUUGUCUGAAGCAUCCUUACAAGGCAAGUCUGAUAACUGUGAUCCAAAUUCAUUAGGGAGCAAUGCAGGCUUGCAGCAGACUCAACCAAUAUGUGAUUCGUUUGAUGCUUAUAUCGCUGCCCAAAUAAAUUGUCCUCAAGGUCCAAGGUUAUCCACUCAAGAUUCACACUCAUCUAUAUUAGAUGCUGAAGAAACAUGCCAUGCAUUUCCUUGUAAAAAAUUCUCAUCCUCAGGGAAAGAUGUUCUGCCUUUGAGUGGAAGUGUGUUUACUGCAGACUGCAGCCAGGAUGCCAGUUCCAAUUCAUCCAAAUUUCCUAAAACUCAGGUCAACAAUCAAGCUGGUUUCACACAUGAUCAUGCUCGUCAAGAAUCUGAAACAGACCUGUUGCUGUGUUCUCGAACAUAUAAUGAUGAAAGCAGUCUUGGGUUGUCAGGCAUUAAAUGGACGGACUCUCGCGGACCCUUUGAUCUUGGUCUACCCAUCUCUCAGAAGCUUAUCAGUGGCGAUAGUAUUAGCAUCGGUAGAUUUGUUAGAUAGCUCUAGAUGAGUUCUAAAAUUGCUUCUGUUGGAAGCUGAAAUGUUCCUGAUGAAGAUAAGAAAAUAUAGAAAGAAAACAAUGAAACUAACAAAUUUAUAAGCUUUAGUUGAUGGCUAGAUAAAUAUUGCAGAAUAUUAAUUUGCAAAAUUGCAUAUUUGAGGCUUUGCAGUAUCACUUACUGAAAAAUAAAACAAAAUUUUUGCAGUGUCUUAGGUUGAAUUAGACAAGUAAUUUUUGCAGCAUCUGGAAGAACAUAACGGUACUUGGCUAUUAUAUUGAUUUUUGUAUGUGUGUAUAUACAACUUAAUAAAUGAAUAUUUAGGUUACUUAUUUGUGAUUGGUGAUA